AUGUGUUCAGUCAAAGCUUUCUCUUUUAUCUCUCAAACAGAAUUUCAUACUCCCAAAUUUCCCAACCAUAAACCCUCCAAAACCCUCACCCCACUGUUCACCCAUCCACACCCUUUGAACAAACCAAACUCCCUCCACUUCCAAACAACCAAACUUCACACAUCCCAAGCCACUUCAAUUCUCCCAACCAAAACCUCUUCUGUGUUUCCAAAGACACAAUUUUUGAAAUCUUUAUCGGAAAAAAUUGUUGUUUUCCUUGUUGGGUCUUUCAUUUAUGGGUGUUUCAAUGCUAGACCAUGUUUGGCAGUUUCUGCUCAAGCAACAACCAGCUCUGGAGUAAAUUUAGAGGGAAAGAAGGAAACCCAGAAAGAGAAAAAUGAGGAGGAGGAGAGGUAUGAGAAGGUUUUGGAGAAAGAGCCUCGAAAUAUUGAGGCUUUGAAGGUGGUUUUGUAUGGGAAGAUGAGGAGAGGGAAGAAUAAAGACGCUGUGGAAUGUGUGGAGAAGUUGAUUGACAUUGAGCCAACUGAGGUUGAAUGGAGGCUAUUGCAGGCCAUUUGUUAUGAGAUGAUGGGGCAGCUUAGCAACGCUAAAAGACUGUACAAGGAAAUAUUGGAGGAGAGACCUCUUUUGAUCAAAGCUUUGCAUGGUCUGGCUAUGGUGAUGCACAAAAACCAUGAUGGUCAAGCAGUCUUUGAGAUGCUUAAUGAAGCUCUAGAAGUUGCUCUUCGUGAAAAGAGAGUCACUGAGGAAAGAAACAUAAGAAUUUUAGUUGCUCAAAUGCAUGUUGUCAAGGGGGAAUUGGAGGAGGGGCUGAAGAAAUUUCAAGAUUUAGUAAAUGAUAAUCCUCGAGAUUUUCGGCCUUAUCUUUGCCAGGGAAUUAUCUAUAGUUUACUUGACAAGAAGGAGGAAGCAGCUGAACAGUUUGAGAUAUAUCAGAGUCUUGUACCCGAAGAAUUUCCACAAAGAGGCUUCCUUGAUGAUGUUGUAUUGGCAGCAAAAACCAAAUCUCGGAAAUGGCUCCAGAAGGAGUUUGAAGCUGAAUUCUCAUACAAAAAGUAACGAACAGGCAAUGUCUCACAUGUUAGUCAUGUAGGUGGUAGGUUUUUCUCCUUUUACUUGUGGUGGAUAGUCCUGAAAAGCUCAAAUGGAAUUUGGAUAGCGAUGUACAGAGUGGUUUGCAUUCUGGUGUCAUCUGUAUACGGAUCCCAGGGUUAUUAGAUUAUUAGAAUUUGCAAUGCAUGCAGAACGAAAAUAAACUUCUUCAGACCAUAUAGAUGCAUUAAAUUGUUAUCAGAGAAACAUUAUGUUACUCUCAUUCAUAGCAAAUUUUAAGGUAUCCCUGGAAAAAUCACUAGCCUACCUGUAUAGAUCCAACUCAUGCUGCAACUGCGAGUUUGCAAGCCAUUAAUCGGUCAUUGCUUCUUCUUUUUUUCGAACGUUGCCUUUUGAAUUAAGUUUGAAUUUAUAUAAAU